CAAUCCGUUUAUUAUAUUCUAGAACAUAAUUUAGAAUGGUUAGCUAUUUCAAAUCGUUCACCUCACUCGUUCAACGGUCGUACAUUCCUCAGCGGUUCACCUUCACUGGCAGUUUGAAUUGAAGCUCGACGCUUGAGUGUACUUUCAAAGCAAAUAUGCUGGUACAAGUGCUGUUGUUCAUAACGAGCGUGGCGCUCACCAGUUGCGAUGUCUCCCAUCUGGAAACCACCACGGAGUUGCUGCCCCCUCGGCCUUAUGCGUUUUCAUACACAGCUGGUCGGUAUCCAGGGGAUAUUGACAGACAACACGCUGAGGUCAGCGAUGGCAGUGGAGUAGUUAAGGGAACUUUCUCAUACGUGGACCCUCGUCACAAAGUUCGCACGGUGGACUACGUUGCUGACAAAGAUGGUUUCCAUCCGGUCCUGAGCGAUGUUCCGCCAGAACAUCCAACUGACUCUGAGGCCGUCGCCAGGGCCAAGGACCGCCACUUCCAGCUCUAUGCUAAGAUAGCCGAAGAUCAUGCGCAACAUCCCUUCCCUGAUGAGACAUCGAUUCCACGGCAAUCAGCUGCUGUGGCUGCGGCAGCGGCGAAGCACGCCCAGCUGUUCCGAGUAAUAGCUGAACAGCACGCACGGAUAGCAGCAGAAAGAGAAGCCUUGCAGCAAGAGGAAGAAGAGAAACUCGCGCUGCAAGAGCUGCACUGACAUUGGACUGAACGUGGACCAGAAUGAUUCCAGAUUGACUUUUAGAACUACUUGCUGCGUUUGAACGACCACUUCGGUUGAAUUCCUGUCUACAAAUGACACAUAUGAGAAAAAAAAAUCACAUAUCAACGGAGGAUUCCGUUAUGGACUGUAUCUUACAACUUAGAAGAUAUUGAAUAACAAUUUUUAUAUCAAUCAGUACAAGUUACAUUAUUGCAUUUCAUUUUUAUUUUUUUAAAUCCGACCUACGUUUUUUUGUCUCUUAGCCUCUGCUAAGACUAAAGACUUUGAUAUAUUUUCAUAGAUGUUGCACAUUUAGAAUUAGGCAUUUUGGUGUUGCCAGGAACCCAAAUGUGUUUUAAAGAAUCACAUUAUAUUCGUAAUUUUAUACUUUCACACAAUUGCCAUAUUUAAUAUUAAAGAAUAUGUACAUGA